AUGGCGACGCCCUUAAGGUUGUUGCGUUCAACCUGGAGAUGUUUAAGGUUAUCGCGGCAUGCUGUCUUCUCAUCGUCGUCUAGACGAUAUUUGCUGUCAGAAGCAUAUUCCUGCAACGAGGCAUGGGACAGAUAUUUACAAAGUCCGACUUUGAAGCAGGAGGCCCCCAUCGACUUCUCCCGUCAGAUCUUCAACCAGCUGGAGAAGACCGGAAGUGCCUCUGCUGUUGACCUUAAUGUCCUAGCUCAUCAGCUGAACAAGAUGGAUGAUGAGGAGAUUGAUCUCUUUGAGGACAUUCUGGCCAGGUUCAAUGUGUGCCCGUCGAUUUACCCUCGCAAUGACUGCACUAACCACGCCAUCAUCAGAGGGUUCCUCGGCAUCCACAAUGGAAGUCGUCUCGUCACUCUCCUUGGUAAUCGUUUAACUUAUGGCUUGUUUCCCAAUUACUAUUCCCUGAACCUACUCAUGGAUCAUUUCAUCAAACAAGGGGACUACCACAAUGCAGCCAAAGUCUCCUACCACUCCAUGAUACAGGAAGACUUCUCCAACCCCGUCAACACACUUUUGUCACUGUAUGCUUCAGUCCAUCACUUGGUCUCUGCAAAUAUCGAUGACUUGGCCCCACCUCCUAAGGAACAAUCGGACGGGGAAGAGAAUUGGGUCAAGGUGCGAUAUAUCACAUUUCCUUACUAUGACGACCACUUUGACAUCAAAGAUGAGCGGUUUCUGCUGGGCAAGACUCUCUACAUGCUGGGCAAUGUCCAGAGCAUAGAUUUAUCCACAGAUCUCCGCAACAACUUGAAAAUUGUUGGCAGUGGUCUUUAUCAUCAAUUCACAAAAGGUUUGGGGUUACUGAAAGAUGUUUUGAGUUCUGCAGAUCGUUCGGUUUCUCAGCAGUCAUUAGAUUACUUUGCAGCGAGAUUAGAACAAGUUGAGGCUCGAGACCCAAAUGAGCCGGAGGUUGAACUGGCAUUGAGAACAAUCGAUGAUGUAAUACACCGCAGGUUGCCAACCACAGAUGAAAAGGCUGAAUUCCUGACAGAGUUUUCUCAGGUUAAAGAACAGUUGGCUUCUCAAGGAAAGGUCAAAGCAGACUUUGACUUGAGCAAAGUAGUGACUGAGUUGGUGACAUCCAGUGUGAACAAGUUAGAGCAACCAGAGAUAACAACUCAAGAAAAUUUGUUUUCUCGGUGGGAAGAAGAACGGAGGGAAGAACUUGAAAAACAGAUUGCAGAGUACAAGAAACAGGCAAGAAUUGAAGAGAUGAAGCAACAGGUGAAGGACAUUCAGAAGCAGGAAGAACUGCUCACUUAUUUUGAUUUUGAGGAAAAAAUCCGCCUCCAUUUUGUAGAAGAAGACAGGAAAGCUGAUCCAAACCUGACCAUUUCUAAAUAG